CUCGUCCAUUUUCAUGUGAUACGGAAGAGUACCAUACAUGUAUAUCUUCUAGAAUAAAUACACGUAGUUCAGUUGCAGUUAGCUGCCCGGAGCAUCCCUUUAACCAACAACCAAGAUCAAUUACAGGAGGAGUUUGCGAUCACGUUAGGUCAGCAGAGGAUCAGCAACUUCAACCUGAACUCCGAGGGACAGCCAUCAUGGCAGGAUCUAAUAACCAACGUCAAGUCUCUGUCACUGUCUGUACAUCCUCAUACGAGUAUAACAUCAACGGUCUCAUGGACCAUCUACAGAAUCUCCAGAGGCACCAUCAGCAGCUCAUCAAGAAGGUGUCCUAUCAUCAGCUCCCUUACAACAACAUAGACAAGCACAAAUUCAUCAAGGAGCAACAAGUCGACGUGAUGAUCCUUUGUCACUCUAUCACGAAUAGAAGGCUGGCCAUCACCGACGUACCCGAUGCUUGCUAUGAUAAGUUCCUCCCGAAUUGCACGGAGCUUCUAGGAAAAGAGAAGAUUGUGGUGAUUGCUCAUGACUUCAAGGAUAUGAGUGAGAAGGAAUAUCAGGGGCAGAUGGUGACUCUUCGACGUCAACAACCAAAGACGUUUAAAAGCUCAGAUCUCGUCUUGAUAUCCGGAAAGCUAGAUGAAGGGAAAAGACUUAAAGACCAAGAUGAAGCAAAUCUACUCGAGUUCUUGAGGAGGGCGUCCCAACAGCCUGAGAAAAGAGAGCAAGGAUUCAUGUCCAUUAUUAAAAAAAAUCUUCCAUCGCUGGAUUCCUCUCACCAACGUCGUAAACGCCCUGCCCAACCGGGAGUUGUACAAUAUCAGGGACAAGAACAUCCUGUCACAAUCAAUCAACCCGCCAACCUUCCCUCACAUAGUCAAGGACAAGGCGGUCAAAGUUACUAUCCUAUACAACAGUCCCAGCGACAUCCACCACCAAGUUCUGUGCAGCAACGGGGACAACUCACACAAUAUUCCACACAACAAGGACAACAGCCUGUAGAAAAGCAUGAUCAGUAUGUUGGACAUCAUCAUGGUCAGACUGCAGGACCACGUGUGCCACAAACUCCUGUUCAGCAAACUGGAAUGAAUCCUUCCCAACUGUCCGGAAAACAUGAACAAAAUCAUGCAGAAUGUUCGCCACACAAACAUGGGAAAACCAUUGGACAGCACUCUUCACAACCUCCUUCGGGACAUCAACCACACAAUCCACCGCAAUACACUCCUCAGCAACUGCCUCAAUAUCAUCCACAGCAACAUGCAGCAUCACACAAGAGACCAGUGCCACAAUCCCGUCAAAUCAAUGUUUCAAUCUGCACCUCUUCGGAUGAGUUCAACAUUAGGGGCUUACUUUCCCGGUUGAACGAGCUGAAAACCGAUAGUGCACCCUUUAUUGCCGACAUCCGAUUCCGGAGACUACCAUACAACGAUAUCGACUCUUUCAAGUUUCCUUCCAACGACCCUGUUGAUGUGAUGGUGCUCUGUCAUUCAGUUAACAACAGAGGAUUUGAAAUCACAGACGUCACGAAUUCCAUCUACGACAGGUUUCUGAAGUACUGCAACAAAGAGAUUGGGAAGGAGAAGUUGGCUUUAAUCGUCCAUGACAUUCGUGAAUGGAGUCCAGGAGUCGCUCAUAACAGGAUGGACUACUUUAAGAAAACGCAACCUUCAACUUUCAAGUUUGCCCAUACCGUACUCAUCUGCGGUAAUCUUGAAAAGUCCGAAAAUUUGGAGAUUUCAGAGAAAGACAUGGCACAACUGCUCUUCUUCUUUGAAUCAGCAAGUUUAGAACCAAGAAAGAAGGCUUCAACUUUUGACAUCAUUAAACAUGUUAAAAGAUAAUUCUUUAUCAAUUCAUACGAAUUGAUAAAGAGCGAAAUGAUAUUCCAUUGAUUUACAAUGCUAUGUAUGUUUAAAUUAUCACUUCCCACUCUAUAUUUUGGUGUUAAUUGUUUCUGAUGUUAGAUAUUUUGUAUUUUGUAUUUUUGAUGUUGUUUGUUGUUGUUGUUGUUGUUCAUAGUUAUCUUGACAUGUAUUUUAAACUGCAGGGCGCCUUUGUAAAGCAGUUUUAAGAACUGAACAGGCCUAACCUGCAGUAUAAAAUAAAUAAAACAAAAUAAAUAAAUAAAUAAAUAAAUAAAUAAAUUUCCUCGCGUUCUGAAUAAAGCUAGAAACAAACAUUAUCUCGGAUGACACAUUUCUGAUUCGUGGAAGAUGAAAAAUUUGAUUUAGUUCGUUUAAAUUGGUGUAAGAAUUAUUUUAAUUUCAGGUUGUUAUAAUUUAAGAAGAAAGAGUUGGAAACACUAUAUACACAUGGCACAUAACAUAAGCAUAUUUCAUCAAUGGAUGAGUAAUAUUGUAGAUAAUUAAAGUAUGAGAAGAUAAUCUUUUAUAUACGAAUAUGACGAAGGAGAACAAGAUUUUCCCGGAUCACCAAUAUGCCAACAUUCAUUUUCUCUGCCACAUUAUCCUGAAGAUGAUGUGAAUGAAAUAUAAAAAAAUUAACUCGUAACAACAUCACUUUACUCUGAGUUGGAGAGGGUUUGACUGAGAAAUUUGACAAGAUAAAAAAGGGCUCCACUACAAAAUAAAGGUCUUUUUGGUACCGAGAAAUUUGACUUGAAGAAAAAGGGUUUCAGUACCAAAUGAAGAAAAAAAAAGUUUACUAUGAAGUGAACAUAAAAUGGGGUUGGCUCCAAAUUGUUGGUCACUUCUUUUUUCUUUUUUUUUACUUGGCAGCCAAGGGAGGGGGGGGGGGGUUAAACCCCCUACCCCCAUAGAUCUGCCACUGUCAGCUUAAUGCUGAACAUUUAUUAGAAAUUGGAUUUGGAAAGCUAUACAUUUCAAGGAUUUUAUCAAUUCAAUCAUGGACAUUAUAGAAUUCCUGAUUGACAAAUCAAAUAUAUUAUGCUCAAAACGACUGACGGGAGGGUCAUGUCAAAAGGACGUCGAACUUAUCGUUUUCUGCUCUGUUUGUAUUGUGUGUUUCUCCAAUAAAGAAUCGUAGCAUUUAACGUGGUAAAUAUUCAUCUUUCGUAAUCAUCCUUGAUAUGUAAGGUCUUCUUAUAUACAUGUAGAUUUUUUGUGUGUCUUGUGUAUUAUACUAUUGUUAAAGAGCAUGUGCAUGCGUAAAGUUUUAUUAGACAUAUUACAUUCCUUUCGUUUCUGGUCAAUAAAUAAUCGGAGAUACCUGA